AGAGAAGGCCAAAAAUUCCAUUGUUUCUAUCUUCACAAUAUUUAUAAAAAAUAAAAAUAAAAUUAUAAAUCUGUUGUUUCUCCCUCUUUUCUCUCCUCUUCUGUUCUGUCUCUUCUGCCAUCUUCCCUUGUCUCCUCUCUCUGAUGUACAUUUGCGUUUUUCAUCUCGGAAGCCGUAGAUUUCGAAAUCAAAUCUAGCUUCUUCUUUUUCUCCUCUUGUCUUAAAUCUUUCGUAAUUUCGAAUCUGCUUUUUCUAAGUGAUCUCAAGAGUUAGCUUUGCUUCUUUCUAGGGUAGUGUGUACUCUCUGUUUUCUUCAUAAAGUCUCAAUCUCGGUGCAAAGACUUGUGAUUCAAGGUUUUAGAUGCAUGGACGGGAGAGAAGCAAUGGCAUUUCCAGGCUCUCACUACUAUCUCCCGAGAGGAGCCUUCACGAACCUCUCUCCUUCCCAGGUCGCGAGUGGACUCCACGCGCCGCCGCCGCCGCCGCCGGGAAUGAGGCCGAUGCCUAACCCUAACCCUAACGUUCAUCACCCUCAGACUCAUUUCUCCAUGGCUGAUUUCGGACACAGCAUUCACAUGGGGAUGGCUUCGCCUCUCCCGCAGCCGCCGCCUCCGAUGGAGCAGCCGUUGGUUAAGAAGAAACGUGGACGGCCGAGGAAGUAUGCUCCUGAUGGACAAGUCUCUUUAGGGCUUUCUCCUAUGCCUUCUUCUGCUGGUAGUAAGAAAGCUGAGGACUCUUCUUCAGUGACUGAUCCGAAUGCUCCUAAACGAGCCAGAGGUCGUCCUCCUGGAACUGGUAGGAAGCAACGACUGGCUAAUCUUGGUGAGUGGAUGAACACUUCAGCUGGAUUUGCCUUUGCACCUCAUGUCAUCAGUGUUGGAGCAGGAGAAGAUAUUGUUUCAAAAGUAAUGUCAUUUUCACAGCAAAGACCACGAGCUCUUUGUAUAAUGUCAGGCACUGGAACAGUUUCUUCAGUCACUCUACGUCAACCCGCUACAACAGAGCCUUCUUUGACAUAUGAGGGACGUUUUGAGAUACUAAGUUUAGGGGGAUCUUAUUUGGUAAAUGAAGAAGGUGGAUCCAAAAGUCGAACCGGCGGUUUGAGUGUCUCCCUUUCUGGUCCUGAAGGUCAUGUUAUCGGCGGUGGGAUUGGAAUGCUUAUCGCAGCCAGCCUCGUUCAGGUGGUGGCUUGUAGUUUUGUAUAUGGUGGAGUCCCAAAGUCUAAUAAUAACAAUAACAAGACCAUCAAACAAGAAGGUGGACCAAAGGAAGAGCACAACGAUAGUGAAAUGGAGACAACACCGACUAAUAAUGCACCAGAAGCAGCAGCACAGGUGGCCCAGCAGACGCCACAGAACUUCUCAGGUCAGGGAAUGAGUGGAUGGCCCGGUUCAGGGGAAGGUUCAGUCUCAGGGUCAGGCAGAUCACUUGACUCUAGCAGAAACCUACUCACUGAUAUUGACUUGACUCGCGGAUGAUUCAGAACAUUAAUAUUUAUUACUACCUUCUUAGUUAUUUAAGCAGCGGCAUGCAGAAUGUGAGUGCUGUAAAUAUCUUUGUUGUUGUAGAUUAUUUAUCAGGGAAUGUUAAACUAGAAAUCUCAGAGAACUGUGUUCCUUCUAACAUUGUUAUUGUAGCAAAACCCCUCCCUUGAGGCUAUUUAAGGAUAUUUUUAACUA